AUGGGACCUAGCUAAUUUUCAUUUUCAUUUUCAUUUCUUUUUUUCAUAGUCUCAGCAAUCAUAUUCAUAGCCUUAUAUAUCAAGAAGCUCAUAAUGCAUAUGCAUGCCCAAGCAAAGCUAUAGUUGCAAAAGAAACAUGGGGAUCAAUUCUGGUGUUCCUUUUCCUUGCAUUUUCUAUGCUCUUCAGCUUUUUCUGUUGGCUCUCAAUGUUAACACUUCUUUGGCAGAGAGAUCCACUUAUAUUGUCCACAUGGACAAGUGUCUCAUGCCCAAGUUCUUCACUAGCCAUCAACAUUGGUAUACCUCCGUUGUUGAUUCCUUCAAAACUGAAAUUCAAACCUCAUCAGAUAGCCACAGCUUCUCACCAUCCCUUUUAUACACCUAUGACAAUGCAUUCCAUGGUUUUUCUGCAGUUUUGUCUGUAGAUGAACUCGAGACCCUCAGAAAGUCCCCGGGUUUUGUUUCGGCUUAUAAUGACAAAAUUGUUACACUUGACACCACCCAUACCAGUGAAUUCCUCUCCCUCAGCCCUUCUACUGGCCUCUUGCCAGCCUCGAAUUAUGGAGAAGACAUCAUCAUUGGUCUCAUUGAUACCGGUGUCUGGCCAGAGAGCGAGAGCUUCAAAGAUGAUGGUCUAACCAAAGACAUUCCAACUAGGUGGAAGGGAACAUGUGAGCUUGGACAAGAGUUCAAUGCCUCUUUGUGUAACAAAAAGUUGAUUGGAGCUAGAUACUUUAACAAGGGAGUGCUCGCUGCAAACCCCGGCGUCACACUUAGCAUGAACUCUGCUAGAGACACUGAAGGCCAUGGGACACAUACAUCUUCCACUGCUGCAGGGAACUUUGUGAAUGGGGCAUCUUAUUUUGGUUACGCUAAAGGAACAGCCAGAGGUGUCGCACCACGCUCAAGGGUUGCAAUGUACAAAGUCCUUUGGGAUGUAGGUAAGGGGAGUUACGCGUCUGAUGUUCUAGCUGGUAUAGACCAAGCCAUUACUGAUGGUGUGGAUGUAAUUUCCAUUUCUAUGGGGUUUGAUGAAACGCCACUCUAUGAAGAUCCUAUAGCAAUAGCAUCUUUUGCAGCCAUGGAGAAGAAGGUGGUGGUUUCAACUUCAGCCGGAAACUUCGGCCGAGGUGGCCUUGGAUGGUUGCACAAUGGUAUCCCUUGGGUCUUGACUGUUGCAGCUGGCACAAUAGACCGCUCCUUUGGCGGAACAUUAACUCUUGAUAAUGGUGCAACCAUUACUGGGUUUACCUUGUUACCAGCAAAUGCCAUAGUAGAAAAGGUUCCACUGGUUUACAACAAGACCUUCUCAGCUUGCAACUCGACAAAGGUAUUAUCAAAUGCUCCAGAGGGAGUCAUCAUCAUAUGUGACGAGAGUCAUGCUAUUCGGGGUCAGAUAUCUAAGUUCAUUGGAUCACAUGUGCUUGGGGCUGUCUUUAUUGGCAAAUAUCCUGAAAUAUUUGAGUUGGGAAGUGUGACAUUUCCUCUCGUAGUGGUAAGUCCAGAAGAUGCACUGGGUUUAAUCAAGUAUGUUACAACUAGUGUUAAACCUUCUGUGAGCAUGAAAUUCCAACAAACAUUUGUUGGCACAAAGCCUGCACCGGCUGCUUCAUUUUACACUUCAAGAGGUCCUUCAUCAAGUUAUCCGGGUAUCUUGAAGCCGGACAUAAUGGCACCGGGGUCAUUAGUUUUGGCUGCAUGGCCUCCGAAUGUUGCAGCAGGCCAAAUUGGAUCAAAUGUGAUGUUACCAAGUGAUUACAAUUUGAUAUCUGGCACAUCCAUGGCUUGUCCUCAUGCUUCAGGCGUAGCGGCUUUAUUGAAAGGUGCACACCCGAAAUGGAGUGCAGCCGCCAUUAGGUCUGCUUUGGUCACCACAGCCAACCCCUUAGACAAUACUCAGAAUCUGAUUCGUGACAAUGGUGACAAUUUCAACUUUGCUUCACCUCUAGCUAUGGGAGCAGGCCAGAUUGAUCCUAAUAGAGCACUUGAACCCGGUUUGAUAUAUGAUGCAACCCCACAAGAUUAUGUCAAUCUCUUGUGCUCCACAAAUUUUACCCGUAAGCAAAUCUUAGCCAUUACUAGAUCACGUGCCUAUGCUUGUUCCAACCCAUCUUCUGAUCUGAACUAUCCCUCCUUCAUUGCUUUGUAUGAUCAUCAUCAUCACACAAGGAAACUAAGGGUCCAAAAUUUUCAGAGGAUAGUAACAAAUGUGGGAGAUGGUGCAGCUAAGUACAAGGCUUCAGUGACAGCUCCAAAGGGUUCUAUAGUAACAGUGUCACCGGAGACAUUGUUCUUUUCAGAGACAUAUGAGAAGCGAAGCUACACUCUUACUAUAAAUUACAAGGGAGAAAAGAAAGGAAAUGUGUCAUUUGGUGAACUUGUUUGGGUGGAAGAAAAUGGAAAGUACAAUGUCAGGAGCCCCAUUGUAGUGUCACCUCUUGUUUCAGUGUCUUAAUUGAGUGAAUGGUGUUGUCUAUGAAACUCAGAGGUUCAGCUCAGUAUUACAAAUAAGAGAUUAGCUUUUAAACAUAUGUUUAUCGUAACCUCUUGUAUUUCUUAUUUCUAAUGGAAUUGAUUAUUAGUUUGUUCUGCAA